AUGGCGGCUGAGGAGUCGGCAUCGGUGCUUUUGCUGAAGUGUGUCGAUGAGGGGAGAAUAGACGUACUCUGUUCCAUUCUCUCGCAACUAAAGGCUCAAGCGAACUUUCACGAAGAGGUGGAUGGAAUUUUGCCAAAUGGAGCCACUCUUCUUCACCAUGCCGUCCAUCUAGAUAGUAUUGAUGCGAUCAAUGCUCUACUAAAUAAUGGCGCGAAUCCAUGUGUGCAAAAUGAUUUGGGGAAGACGGCUUUCCAGAUGUGUCGUUCUGAUGCCGCAAAGAUGGCAUUUGUGCAAGAGGUACUGCGCGCGAUUACGAUGAGCAAUAGCGGGCGACUCUGCCAAUUAAUUUCUUGUGGUGUCCCCGUCGAUUCAAUCGAUUCCGCCUCAACGAAGAACACACUGUUGAAUUGGGCGGCCGAUUUUGGAACAGUCGACAUUGUGAGAAUACUCUGCGACUCGGGAGCAACAAUCAAUGCUGCGAAUGCGAAAGGCGAUACACCACUUCACGCUGCUUUGCGCAAAACUGAUGAGGAGAUUGUUCGACAGCUGUUAUCACAUGGUGCAGAUCCAAACAAGAAAAAUAACAAGGGAGAGGAUGCUUUUACAAUUGCCGAAGCUAAAGGAGGAGCACUCACAUCACUUUUAAGCAUGGAUACCGUAACUCGUGGUGUUCGUCGGUCUGCUUCCGUGGAAUCCCUGGAAUACGAUCGUGCCUCGAUUUUGAGCACCGAAACUUCUGCCGCGAAUCUUUUUGCAAUGGAAAAGCCCUCUUUCUCGCCCGGCAAACUUGACUCUUGGACUGAUCUUUUGUGGCCUCAACCCACUCAACUGCGAAUUUUCUCGAGUCAUCGACCGUUUCAAGUUCCAAAGGAUGGACGAUUAAAAAUCUAUUUUGAUGACGCUUCUGAAGGGGAACCACGACAAAUGAUGCAGGCCAUUCAAAUCAGCGCUCCUUUAUUGCAGUCGUGUAGCAUCGAGUUGGAGUAUCGAGGGCACAAGACAGCUGAUCACGAACAUUCUCCACUCGAUGGGAAAGUUACUUGUGGAGUGUACAACGACGGCCGCCCAACCGGUUCCUAUUGUCUAUCCAUUGAGAACAAUGGCAUCGAGAUACAGGCUACCGAUUAUGCUGGUGUACGAUAUGGAUUCGCGACUUUGGUGCAAAUAAUUCGAAUUCACAUGUAUGCGCACAAACAUGGUCAGACUAAAGGGCAAAAUGGUUCUCUAAAUGGAAGCACUCUAACAUCGCCAGCAUCUAAUGGAUCUCUCAAUGGUUCACUCAAUUCGACGACAGAAAUCCCGGACGCCCUCACUUCAGGCGACAUUCCGGCUUUGGUUGCCCGAGAUUCUCCAUCAAGGACCUUCCGAGCUGUGUAUCAAGAUUUCAGCGGCUGUCGGAUUCUCAACACGGAAACAAUUCUACAAAUGGCCACACGCUUGAGCUACUGCAAAGCUAACUACCUGUUUGUGAAUUUUGAGGUGCGUACCACCGAUCGUUAUCAGCUGCCAUACACGAAUCGAGAUUUAUUCCACAUGCUACAAGUUUGCGAUGAGCUGUUCAUAAAGUUAGUACCUUCACUGGAUCUUCAAUCGUCUUACAUUGAUGCUAGUGCAGCUCGUCAGAUCAUAGAUCAUUUUCUUGAUGAUUUCCCACUAUCAGACACUGCUCAUUUUGGACCCAACUUGGCCUCGAUUCUUGUAGCUCAUCGACCGGUUCUUGCAUCUGUACAACGACGAGUCCGGCAUAUCUUCCUCUCUGUGAAUGUCGACGAGAAAAAUGCAUCACAUCUGUCAAAAGUUCCUCCGUAUGUCACAUUGUGUGUCGAUGGAAAAUUUCCAUUUGAUGCCGAAAAACUGCUAUCACCCCGUGUUUCUCUCGUCUUAAAGUUCUCCGUUGGAGAUGAAGGACAUUUGUGUGCUGCACCCGAUUCAACAGCUAAAAAAGCACUUUUGGCUGCAAAACUCGUGGAUAGAAGCCAAAUUUUGGGAAAUAUGAUUUGCGAACUGUCAACCGGUUGUGAAAUUAUGCCACCCUCGUUGUCCUACAUGCCACUGUUGGCUGCAGUUGGAGUCAGCUGGAAUGCACAGACAGAUAUGCGGAAGUUUGCCUUUUUCUUACCCGCAAUCACGGCCCAUCAUUUCUUACUUGAUGGUGACAUGGCUCCAUUGUUUGAACAAGCAUCAACUCUUGGUAAAGUGGAGCAUACUUUAACGAGAUACAACCUUGGCUUAUGGAAGCCUCAACCAUCAUCGCCUGACCCCGAUGCUUUAUUAAAGGAUGAUUUACUACUCAAAGGAAAAAUGGCAAUAUCCGUGUUUCUCGAAAUGAUUCUAAAUCCGGAGAAUCUGCAGCUUGAUCGAUUGACACCAGCAAUAUUUAAGCGGGCUCGCAUGGAGUUGAGAAAGAGCGCCCGGGCUCUCGAUGAAGCGCGAAAAUCUUUGCCCUACAACUUUGAGCUGGCUCUUGUUUUGGCGGAAAUUCGUCUGGUGACAGAGUUGUUGAGUUUGGCAUCGCGGCUGGGUCAAUCUUUGUGCAUUCACAGCGUCAACAACAAUUAUGCGAAUGAAGCUGAAAGAAGACGCUCAAAUGAAGGACCCUGGUCAGCUGCGCAUAUGGCUCCGCAUGGAAGAGUUGGUGUUUCUCAUCUACCGUUAACGAUUCGAACCGAUUUGGCAAAUACAUUGCUCUCUAUUCGCACUCAAUUUCAACACGUGUGGCUUUCUCGAUCGAUUCCCUCAACACUACCAAACGCGUUGAAGAUGUUCGACAACCUCUUCAAAGCCUUACUUCCGCCGGAUCUACACGAAUUUGGGCAACAACUCCUC